GGCAACUCCAAGCUAGCCUUUCAAACAACAUAUAUACCCUUUUGUGUAUUACAUUUAUAUAGAAGGUACUCUUCCCUAGUCUUGGUUCUAAUUUUAAGUGAUCAUUUGUGGGUUUUGAAAGAGUCCAAAUUACAUUUUGGAGUUUUCGGAUAUUGUUGUUGGGACUUGGGAGGAAUCAUCAUGAGACCAAACAAUUAUCAGUGUCUAAGGGCUUGCAAUAUUCUUUUUCUCUAUCUCAUAGUGGUAGCCAUUAUUUCCUUCUCGCAUUGUGAAGCUAGAAAAUCAGUGAGAAAACUAAUAAACAAGGCUCCAAGUACACAUCAAAAGAGUCUGUUCUUAAUGACUGCAGCGAAACUGAAUUUAGUGAAGUACUUAAACUAUGAUUCACCAUCUGAUCCCACCAACUCAGGAUCCUACGGUGUGAGUUCACCGUUUACCUUGCCACCUUAUGAUUCAUUACCUCCAGUUUCCUUACCUGAAAAUUCCCCUCCAUAUUGUGUAAAUCCUCCCAAUACUCCACAAACCCCCUCAACCACACUCCCCACUCCAAUAGGCUCCACACCCACUUCACCAUAUCCACCAUUUUAUCUCCCGCCAGCUAUUCCCAUCCAAAACCCACCACCAGGCGAGAACCCAAGCCCAAUUGGUGUGAUCCCAAGCCCAAUAGGCCAGAUGCCGAGCCCAACAGGACAGAUGCCGAGCCCAAUAGGUGAAGUCCCUAGCCCAUUGGGCUUCUCCCUUAACCCAACUCCACCACAAAUCCUACCAAGCCCAAGUGAACCCAUUCUCAGCCCACCAUAUUUCGAGCCUAGUCCACCAGGUUUUACUCCAAACCCACCUUCGACCGUUCCCUCUCCAUAUGGGUUUCACCCAGGCCCACCAGUGUUUCUACCUCCAAUUGUGUACCCUCCACCAAUCGGUCGACCGCCUCGAAACUCAGCCCCGAGUAUAGCCCUAUGGUGCGUGGCUAAGCCUUCUGUCCCUGACCCAAUCAUUCAAGAAGCAAUGAACUAUGCUUGUGGCUCAGGAGCCGACUGUGAUUCCAUUCAGCCCAGUGGGUCGUGCUUUGAGCCCGACUCAUUGAUUGCACAUGCUUCCUAUGCUUUCAAUAGUUACUGGCAGAGAACCAAAGUGGCAGGUGGCACGUGCGACUUUGGAGGGACUGGCAUGUUAAUCACUGUUGAUCCAAGCUAUGACGGAUGCCACUUUGUAUACUUUUGAAGAUCAUGAUGAUGAAGAAAAACAUUUUCAAAGAUCAAAUGGCAGUCCGGUUUCUUGUUCUGUUUGUAUCCGAAAUACAAAAAUUUUCUUUUCAUUAGAAGGAAACUAAACAUUAAUUUUUGUAAGUAAAAUGCAAAGUUGAUCAGGAGUUUCUCUUAUUCUCAUUCAAUUUUUAGCAUUUAUAAAAAUAGAUGCUAGAAAAGAUUUUUUUUUUUUAUAAAAAAACCAUCGACCUACCUCUUUCUAUGCAUUAUACACAUGUAUUUAAUGUAAUAAAAGUCAGUUA